AUGGCGGCGAGCUACAGUGACGCCCCUCUCUCCACCAUCGACGUCGGCGCCCUCACGGCGUCGCGCUUCCUCCUGCGCGAGCAGCGCCUCUUUCCGUACCGCGACGGCGAGGGCAGAGUCGCUCUGAGCCUCGUGCGCGAUUCGCUUGCCCGACUCUCUGAGACCGACUCAGCCGUGCUGGCCGGGUCUGGCACCACGUUCGCCGAGGUGAGCGCAAAGCUGUCCCGGCUCGAGAGGCUGCCGCCGGCCGUGCUCCGAGAGCUGCAGGCGCCAGCGGUGGCUGUGUCGCCGGACGGGGUGGCGCUGCACCUCAGCUCGCGCUCCCGGACGGGCUACCGCGGCGUCGACAUCAAGCCCGGCCUCCUAGAAGCACAAUGCUUAGGCGACACGCCUCUCUCUAGUGCCCGGCCACCGCACUGGAUUCGAGACUCUGGAGGGUAUGGUACACGUAGGCCGGGCAGCGUGUCGCGCCCCUUCAAGGCGCAGCUGCAGCUCAACGUCGCCGCCAAGGGCGGCGGGGGCGGCGGGGGCGGCGGGGGCGGCGGGGGCGGGGGCGGGGGCGGGAAGCGGAGGGGUUUCCAGCACAUCGGCCAGUUUGCCACCAAGAUGGAGGCGGCGGCGCGCCGAGGGCGGGCGGCGACGGAGGCGGCGGCCCACAGGGAGGGGGGAGAGGAGGCGGAGGCGAAGGAGGCGGAGGCGGCGGCGGCGGCGGAGGCGGCGAAGGCGGAGGCGGAGGCGGCGGCGGCGAGGGCGGAGGCGCGGCGGGCGCUGCUGCAGACCCCGGUGGUGGAGGAGGCGGAGGGGCUGAAGCUACACCUUAGCGGCCGGUCCGAGACGGGCUACUUGGGCGUGCGGGUCAAUGUGCCGAGGGGCCGGCAGCUCGGCCCCCGCCCCUUCUCUGCGCAGCUGCAGCUCGCGGGCAUCUCCCCCAGUGGCAUCUCCCAGUCGGGCAUACGCCACCUCGGCACCCACGCCACGGCGGCGGAGGCCCCACGCGUCGCUGAGGCAGAGGGCGUGACUUUGCAGCUGAGCGCGACGGCGCGGACGGUCGGCUCCAAGCGGACGCACCUUGGUCACUUUGGCACGCCAGUCGAGGCGGCGCUAGCGUACGCGCGCGCGCGUCCCGCCGCGGUGGUGAAGCGGGAGGAGGAGGAGGAGAGUCGGGCGGACGCGUCGCAGGCGGAGGCGGACGCAAAGGAUUCGGACUCGGACGACGGCGGCUGUUUUGAUCAGCCUGUAAACUAG